GCAGUCAGGAUUCUACUACAGCAUGGAGCAAAUCCCAGUGAGAGGGAUGGUUCAGGGAAAAGUGCUUUGGAUGCAGCUUGUGAUGAUGAAAUGAAAGAACUGCUGAAAUCUUACAGUGCAAUGGACUCUCUACUUCCUGUUGAGACUAUUGAAGUUACAGAGAGGAAAUAUCCUUCUAGGUCAAGAAGAUCAAAACGUCAUUGUUACAAUGACUGUAAAAAUGGUGGUGCAGCUUUGGAGCCACAACACGAGAAAUACGAUGUGGAGUCUGUUGCUGCCGUACAAGAUGCAGAAGAGAAGCAAAAAGAACUGUUGCUGUUUGAAUUGAGAACUUCCAAAGAUGCAGAUGUGUAUAUCCAAAGGCUGUCCCAGAUGCAAGAUACUUUGAAUGAAAUGCUUGCAAAACACAAAACAGAAAGGGAUACCCUUGCUAAAAAAUACAGGGCUUCAGUGGAAUCUUUUAAAAAAGGAGCACUGAGGAAACAGUUAGUUAACCUUGCUUCUAGGCAAAGGAGUCUGUUGGCCGUUGCCCAAACCCAGGAAGAAUUAGUCCAGAAAAUACAAAAUUACAGAAAAACAAAGCAAGUGUUCAGUGCAUCAUGUUCAGAGAAGCAAAUCUCAAACUUAAUUGUUUCCCAUGGAAAUGAUGAAAGACAAAGUUCAACUGCUGAUGAAAUCAUGUGUCCUGAUGUAGUUACAUUUAGUAUGGGGCUUGGUGCCAGCAUGCCUAAUGGAAACAGAGUAGAAGCACAUCUCUCUCUGGAAAAUAAAUUUUCAGCUCAGGAAUGCAGCCAACAUCCACACAUCUGCUUGGAUGAGACAAGAGCAAAUAAAGAAGCAAUUAGAAGUGAAGAGGCUUCUGAUCAUGCUUUGGCAUCUGAAAACAGGGUAAGAGAAUACCCCUUCGACAACACGUCAAAGCUGACAAAUGCUUUAGAAGUGGUGACAUUGCCUUCAGAACCUACUGUUUCCACUGCUAAAACAAAGUGCUCACAGCAGAAAGACAUUAAUUGUGUAGCAACUGGAGAACAAGGAAACAAGUCUUUAAAUCCCAGUUCAGUGACCAAUGCAUUAAAUAUUGUAGAACCCCGAAGCACUGUUGUCAAUAACAAUGUCUGUCAGCCAGGCAGUGACUGCCAGCAGGUUCUUACAGAUGAGGAUCUACACAGAUAUGUAAAUAAGAAAGAAGCUUUCCAACAGCAUCAGCAGCAAGUAAUUUUGUCAACAUCUACAAAGAACGUUCCUAAUACUCCACAGCAAAUGAUCUUUAGGAGUAGUGUAAACUCAUUUAAUGCCAACUUGGUGCUUACAAAUCUUAGCUCAAAUACAGAUUAUCCAGUAAACCUCAGUAAGAAAUCUUCCCAGAGCUGCAGUAGUCAGGAAUGUGAACAAAAACAAGUGAGGUAUAGAACAAAAAAUAAGAGAAAGCUUCAACUGAUAGAUCUACUUGAAUUGGGAAGGAUUAAGCCAGGAGAAAAUGUUUUAGAAUUCAAACUGCAGGAAUUUAGUCAUAAAGCCACACUCUUAAACAAUGGCAAGAUCAGAACCAGUAAGAGAGAAAUACUUCAGAAUCCAGUUCAGUGGGUUAAAGACCUACUAGGAAGUGAUAUUUCUGUGACAUGGAAGUAUGUGUGGAAUAAGGUUACAUAUCGUGGGACACAGUUGUCAAAAUUUCUUGUUGAAGAAGUGUCAAUUUCUAGUGACCUGGAAUUACCAUCACAAGAAAGAGAGCCUUUGGAAGUUGUGAAAACAUUGCUAUGCACUGAAAGAGAAGCAGCUGUUACCACGGAAUUUAAGAGCUCUUCUGUCCAGUUCAACUCAGUUGGAAGUCUGACACAUUUUCUUCAAUUCAGUGAGAUAGUAAUGGUAUGUAAAGAGGAGUUUCUACCAUGCCCUGUAAUGGAAAAGCACUGGAAUUUCUACAAAGGAUGUGAAGGUUUUGGAUUCUAA